AUGUCGGCCAUAGCAUCAGCCGAUUACACAUACAACCAAACUACGGGCGUAUACACCUGCUCCCGCGCCAACUCCCAAUGGUGCGCCGGCGACUCCUUCGGCACAGACAUCAUCAUCCGCUGCAACGCCCAAGGCAAGGGACAGCCGGGCCGCUGCACAAACAACCUCGCCGGGGAGUACCCCCGUGGCGUCCAGCCCGCGCAGUGCUGGAUGAGCAACGCCGACGCGGGCGAUGCCGCCUGCGAGAAGAACUGCGUCGUCUACGCCAGCCCCCAGCCCUUCCUCCUCCCGCCCAGCGUGUGCACUCCGUACUCCGCCGUCACGGGCUCUCAGACAUACCCCGUCGGGAGACCUACCGGGACAAUGGCCCCCGGUGGUAAUGGUACCGGUGCUGGCGGUGGACGCGGCGGCGGCGGUUCCAUGAUGACGAGGAGCUCUUCGACGUUUGGAUUCACUUUUCCCAUGCCCGAGCCUACAGGCCCUGGUACUGGCGGCGGAGGCGGUGGUAGCGGUGGUGGUGGUGGUGGCGGUCGCGGUAACGGCACUGCUCCGACGACUUCUCGUGGUAAUGGCAUGGCCCCCUCGAUGUCUCGCGGCAAUGGCACUAUUCCGACAACUGUCCCCCGUGGUAACGGUACUGCCCCAACAACGACCCCGGGCGGCAGUGGUGCUCCCGGAGCUCCUACCAGCAACCCCGGCGCACCUGGUACUCCGGGCCAACCUGGCCAGCCGGGGCAGCCCGGUCAACCUGGACAAUCUACCCAACCUGGUCAGUCUGGUCAACCCGGCCAGUCCACCACCCCUUCCUCUUCCGCAACUCGAACCCCAAGCGGUCCCACAGGCACUCCGAGUUCUCCUUCCAGCACGGGUCCUUCUUCUGUGCCAACAGCUGGUGCCGCUCAGAACACCGUUGGUUAUCUUGCCGUUGUUGGCGUCGUUGCUGCUCUUUUCCUGUAA